GCGACUGUAAAUUUGGAUUCCGCAACAAACAGCCUCUUCACCCCACCGGCCCACCCGGCGCCCCCAUCCCCUCCACGGCUCCACCCGGCGCCGCCGCCACCUGCCCGCCGGCUCGCCGCCCCUGCUCGGCCGGCAGGCUUGCGGCUCCACCCAACCUAGUCGGCCCGUCUCUGUUGCUCCCUUGACUCCGUCUGUCCGUCUCGUCCGGUCGUCCCCCUCCUGAACUUCUCAGGGAGACGAAGACAGAAGUCACAGAACCCUAGCCGCCGGCAGCCGCUGGGACCGUGGGACGAGGUUGGCGGUGGAAAACCAGCGACCGGGCCACUGCCGGCGACAUCCCUUGCAUCUGCGGCUCUGCGCAUCCGCCGAACCAGCUUGCUGGGAGGCGCACCCACGCGAGGCAGAGCAAGCUGCGGGCACCGGCACGGCACAGAGCUUCCCUCCACUGCACGUGCGGCCCCUCAGGGUUUAAAGGUGCGUCAUGUCUUCAGAGGAGCUGAUGACAAGCUUUUCAGAUUUUGUGGUGAGCUCGUCAACCCGGAAAGAGGGCCAAACUAAUUCUUCAGGUGAUUCGUCGUCCGAGGGGGGCCUUCAAGUCACUUGUUUCACAGAGGACCUUCAUGACGUCACACUUCAUUUUCAGAUCGUGAGGUUCUCUAAACAGAUCUAUGUGUGGGUUGGAUGCAACACAGCAAAAUUUGGCCAUCUGUACGCUGCUGCAACCACUAGGCCAGAUAAUGGAGUCAGUGUCACCUCUGUACUAGGAGGAACAUCUGACAACACCGGAUCAGGGAUUGCCCGCCAUCUAGUGCUGAAGACUGGUAUGAACAUAGUCCUGGCAUGCAACAUCCCAAAAGACAGCCCCAUGCUCGAGGCUGCUGCGGAGAGGAAGCUGGUGGAGAAGCUAAAAGGUUUGGGCUACAUGAGACCCAGAGCUGGGGAAGCUAAUACUUCCACUGCACAGUGCUAGGUGGUGUGAUCUGGUGAGGCUUCGGUCUUUCACCAUUAGAUGCAGGAGGAAAGUUUGUGAUUGUUGGGCUCAAUUGACUGGGUAUCUGAUGUUCACUAUGGCAAAAGUAUUCUGUAUUAUAGUGCCUUCCAGGGCUCUUGCACAAACGACAGCCUGCCAUUGACGUGGGGAUGCUCUGAAACUAGAAUCCGAAUAUAUUGAGUUUUUUUUUUGCGGGUACCGAAUAUAUUGAGUUGUAACUCCUAGAAUGCAACUCGAUCAAAUUUGCUUGACGAAUCGAAUUUGCACCUUU